AUAAUAAUGAUGUCAUUAUUAAUCGCAGGAUUUGUCAUUGGAACAGUAUAUGCUGUUAACCCUCUUACUGAUAAAACCGUAUUUCCAGGAUGGGGAGAUUAUAAUUUUAAUUCUUAUUCAGGAUAUCUACCAGUUGGAACAGGAUUAAGGUAUGAUGAAUAAUGAUGUAGAUAAUUGCAUUAUGUUUUCCUUGAAAGUCAAAGCAAUCCUUCAACUGAUCCUGUUGUAUUGUGGUUGAAUGGUGGACCAGGAUGCUCUUCAUUAUUGGGAUUGAAUGAAGAAAUUGGUCCAUUUGUGAUGGUUGAUGAUGAUAGAUAAUUCAAGAAGAAUCCUUAUCCUUGGAAUGCCAGAGCCAACCUCUUAUUCUUGGAGUCACCUGCAGGAGUAGGAUUCUCAUUGAAUAAAGAUGACUCAUAUGCAUACAAUGAUGAGAAUUCUGGCCAAGACAAUUACUAAGCUAUAUUGGCUUGGUUUUAAGCAUUCAAAUAAUUCCAAAGAAACAAAUUCUUCAUUGCAGGUGAAUCAUAUGCAGGUACUUAAAAAUUCAAUACUCAUUAGGAAUGUACAUUCCAUAUACAGCUAAAGCUAUUGUGGAUGGAAAUAAAUCAGCCUCACUAAAAAUACCUUUGGAGGGUAUCUUGAUUGGAAAUGGUUUGUUGGUAUCCGAUUAAUAGAAGAGGUGGUCAGCUUUACAAGAGUACUUCCUUAGAAGAAAUUUCAUGCCUCCCACUGCUACAAACACAAUUAGAAAAAUAUGCAGUGUGAGCCCAAACUCUAUCAAAUGUUUAUUGGCACAAUCUCAAUUUGAGGAAGUCUGCCUAGGAUCCAACAUUAAUAUUUAUAAUGUUUAUGGAUAUUGCAAAGAUGAUACAACUCCUGACUUUUUGAAACCAAAAACUAAUUCAGGCAAGUAAAUCAGAUACCCAUAUGUGUCUUGGUAUGAAGGAAACAACUUCUAGAAGGUAGGAAAUAGCGGUGCUCCUUGUUCUGAUUUCGGACCCAUCACUGAAUAUUACAAUAAUGCUGAAGUCCAAGAAGCAUUACACAUCUUAGAAAGACCCUACUUUUGGUCUGCUUGCAAUAUGGAAAUCAAUCAAGCCUACAAUAUCAGUAAAAGCGGAAGUUACUAGAUACUUCCAAUUUUAAGUUAAUCAGGAGUCAGAAUUUUAAUCUACUCUGGUGAUUAGGAUGCUAUCGUCAGUGUUGUAGAUACUGAAUAAUCUAUUAAUAUGAUACCAGGAAUCUAAGAAUUGGAUUCUUGGACUCCAUGGGGAAAUACUGAUUUAGAUUUGGCCGGUUGGAUCACCUAAUAUAAUUACUUGAAGUUCGUCGUCGUAAGAGGAGCUGGACAUGUAAGUUAUUCGUAUCUAUUUAAAUUAGAUGGUCCCUGAAGAUCAAAGACAAAAUGGAUUUGAAAUGUUCGAUAGUUUCAUUUAUGAUAAUGAACUUCCAAAAUACCAAUGAAUGGAGUAGUAAUAUUAUAUUAACAAUAUCAAAU